AUGGAAACAUUUAUGGAAGAAGCUUUUGUAGAAGCUCGAAAAGCUAUUUCAGUAGGUGAAGUUCCAGUAGGCUGUGUGUUCAUUUACCAAAAUGAAAUUAUAGCUAGAGGAAGUAACAAUGUUAAUGCAACAAAGAAUGCAACUCGCCACGCUGAAUUUGUUUGCAUAGAUCAAACUUUGGAAUUUUGUAAAAAAAAUAAUGUUGAAUGGGAAAACGUUUUUCCUAAAGUUAGUGUUGUUGUUACUGUAGAACCGUGCAUUAUGUGCGCUUCAGCUUUAUAUGAACUUGGCGUCAAAGAAAUAGUGUUUGGUUGUGCCAAUGAUAGAUUUGGAGGCAAAACCGUAGUAAACGUUGAAACUUUUUUUGAAAAGAAAAUUAAAGUUAUUCCGGGAAUACGAGCCGACGAAGCGAUGGAGCUUCUCAAAAAAUUUUACAAGGGGGAAAAUCCAUCGGCCCCCGUUCCGAAGACUAAAAGAUAACAAAUUGUAUGCAACACUAAACAAUUAUUUAAUGAUUGUUUAACGACACAUUUUUAUUUUUAUUUUCAAAAGAUGUAAAUAAAUGAACUCUUAUAUUUAAGUAAAACUAAAACUAAAAUGUAAACACAAAUCUACCGAUAUACACAUAUGUGAAUAAGCAAACACUUUAUGUAAAUAAAUGGAAAUAAUUUUUGAAAAUUUGAGUAUGCAAUUUAUUUAAAGAUAAUAAAACUAAACUAAUGGAACUGCCUA